UAAUUUAUUUUUUCUUAAACUAAAUCAAUUAUAUCAGUAAAACAUUUGGAGCCAUGGAUUCAAAAGGGAAGCAAACAUUUGAUUUUAAUGAGCAUCAACACAUUCGGUACAACCCGUUAAAAGAUGACUGGGUUCUGGUCAGUCCUCAUCGCAUGAAGCGUCCCUGGGCUGGACAGGUAGAAAAACUGGCCGAAGAUGAUGUACCCGAACGAGAUCCUACUAACCCAUUAUGUCCCGGUUCUCGUCGGGCCAACGGUAUCGUCAAUCCUGAAUAUACCGAAACGUUCGCCUUUGACAAUGACUUUCCUGCUCUGCUCGACGACUGUCCUGAACUGAACGACACGUCCGACGAUCCGCUGUUUCGUACAGUCCCGGCCCGGGGCAAGUGUCGGGUAAUUUGUUUUCAUCCUAAUUCAAACAUUUCGUUACCUUUGAUGACCAACGCCGAGAUACUGAAAGUUAUCGACACCUGGAUUCAGGAAACUAUACAAUUAGGUCUGACCUACAAUUGGGUUCAGUUGUUUGAGAAUAAGGGCGCAAUCAUGGGCUGCUCUAAUCCGCACCCGCACUGUCAAGUAUGGGCCAGUUCUUAUCUGCCAAACGAGAUCCGUAUUAAGGAUCAGAUGCAACAAAAAUAUCUUACAAAACACGGCAGACCAUUGCUAAUGGAUUACUUGGACAAAGAGUUGAAUACAAAAGAGCGAUUGGUAGUCGAGAACGACAAUUGGGCGGUUUUGGUACCAUUUUGGGCCGUCUGGCCAUUCGAGACAAUGAUUUUACCGAAAAGACAUGUACAGCGAAUUGAAGACUUGACUAAUGAAGAAAAACGAGAUUUGGCUGACAUUAUGAGACAAUCGCUUAUUAAAUAUGACAAUCUAUUUGAGACAUCGUUUCCAUAUUCAAUGGGUUGGCACGGUGCACCCACUGGACAAUACUAUACUACCGAUACCUCUCAUUGGGUACUUCACGCCAGCUAUUAUCCACCGCUGUUACGGUCAGCCACUGUCAAGAAGUUUAUGGUCGGCUACGAACUGUUAGCUCAGGCACAGAGAGAUCUAACACCGGAACAGGCGGCACAACGUCUAAGAGAUUCAUCAGAUGUUCACUAUAAGAGAAAAUGAGAUUCAAAUCAAAUCAAAUAAAUAAAACAUUCAAAUAGUCUGUUGUUAAGUGUUUUAAUAAUAAUAUUUACAAUUUAUUAAUUUUUUUCAUCAUUUAAUUUUUCUUUUAAUGAAUUCGAGUAAUUGAUUACAUAAUUUAAGAUUAGUGUACUUUAUAAUAAUAAUAAUAAUUCAAUUAAAAGAUAGGGAUAUAAUUUACUCUAGUGUUGUUGUUGUGUUGUAGUAAUUAAAUUAUAAUAAAAACAAUUAAAUAUCUUAAAAAUUAAAUAAAUAAAAAUGCGUUUAUAAGAUGUUUAAAUUUUUUUUUUAAAAAUCAAAUGAAAUUUACUAUCAAUUAAAACAAAAAUACAAUAUUAUUUUGAUCGCAACCAUUACUCUCUAUCUCUGUUAUAAUGUAUAUUUAAAAUUAAUAUUUUUUUCAUCAAAAUUUUUUUUUAUGUAUACUGUAUAUGUCUUAUCAUUUUUUUGUGAAGCAAAUUAUUAUAAUUAUUU